AUCAGAAACCAUUUCAAAUUAAUCCUCUCAUCGAUCUGCCUUCCAUCCUCUUUCCGGUCCAAAUUACAGUACUACCUAUUCCUCUCCUCUCCUCUCCUCUCCUCUCCUCUCAGUAUGUAUAUAUAAAACCCAAAUCAAACACCAUAAUCUCCAUCCAUCGAUAACACACACAUUUUCACAACACAAUCAUUUUCUUGUGCUGCCUCAUAUCAUUUUAUUUCCCUAUUUUCCUUUCCUCCAAACGCUAGCUAGUUGACACAACCAAUGAGUCGUAGUGCCACGACAAAGAUGUCCGGGCUGCUUCUCCGGCAGCUCGGCCCACGGUUCUUUUCGACAUCAUCACUUUGGCCUGUCAUGAGAGAGGCCUCAACAUUUUCAAGGCCUCUUGGCAUGGAGUGGGUGAGGAUACCCAUGCUAGAAGCUAGGAAAUUCAGCAAUUUGGCUUCCAGUGCCGGAAAAGAUGAAGAGAAAGCGGCGAAGCCACCAAGCGCGGCUGCCGGAAAGAUGAGUGGUGGUGGUGGUGAUGAGAAGGCUAUCGUUAGUUAUUGGGGGGUGGCGCCGCCUCAGUUUACCAAGGAGGAUGGUUCCCCAUGGAGGUGGAACUGUUUCAGGCCAUGGGAAUCGUACAAACCAGAUAUGUCGAUAGAUGUGAAGAAGCACCAUGAGCCAACCAAUUUCAUGGAUAAAUUUGCUUUCUGGACAGUCCAAGCUCUCAAAUACCCCACCUACAUGUUCUUUCAGAGACGCCACAUGUGCCACGCCAUGUUGCUUGAAACAGUGGCCGCCGUACCAGGAAUGGUGGGUGGAAUGCUCUUACACUGCAAAUCCCUACGUCGAUUCGAGCACAGUGGCGGCUGGAUCAAAGCCCUACUAGAAGAAGCCGAGAACGAGCGGAUGCACCUCAUGACCUUCAUCGAGAUAGCCAAGCCCCAGUGGUACGAGCGCGCCCUAGUCUUUGCCGUCCAAGGCGUAUUCUUCAAUGCCUACUUCUUGGCCUACUUGGCGUCCCCGAAGUUGGCCCACCGCAUCGUUGGAUACCUGGAAGAGGAGGCUGUGAACUCGUACACCGAGUUUCUGAAUGACUUGGAGAAGGGCGAUUUCGAGGACGUGCCGGCUCCAGCAAUUGCCAUUGAUUACUGGAGGUUGCCUCCUGAAUCGACUCUCAAGGAUGUCGUCGCUGUUAUAAGAGCUGAUGAGGCGCAUCACCGAGACCUUAAUCAUUUUGCAUCGGACAUUCAAUGCCAAGGACGGGAGCUACGGGAGUAUCCUGCCCCAAUUGGAUAUCACUGAAGGCCAUAUACAGAAGCUUCUAAAAUUUUUUGUCUCUGUCUCUGUGCAUCUGUAUAAUGUUCGAAGUUCUCAAUUGGUUUCAGUUUAAUGGUGUAUUCUUUUUCUAUAUAUAUAUUGCAUUAAAAAUAAGACGAAGAAAUAAAUGUACAUUGUUUGGCUAGCUUGAGAGAGACUGUUCUUGUAUGACCAUCUAUGUCCUCUAUGAAAUUUUAGAUGAAGUUGUUGAAA